UGGGCGGGGCCGGACUGGGUCCGGGGCGCCUCUGCUAUUCAGCUGGUCCUAGCCUCGGCGGGAGGUAACGCCGGGGGAGUCCACUCGACGCUCGGUCCCGCGAGCUUGACCAGGACCACCGGCUCAGACCAGAGACAUCCGCGUAGCUGAGCGGAAGCUGGUGGUACCGGAGAGGCAGCUGGAGCCCAAGCUCCGCAGACGGGAAGCACCCAGGACCGGGGAAGCCCAGGGAGCUGCGCGGCGGUGCCUCUCUUACCCAAGGGGCUGCUGCGACGGUCACGGGGCGCGGCGCCAGAGCGCGCGACCCAGGCCAGGAUUCCAAACAGGCGGUGCAGGCUCCUCCUCCGCCCGGGCCGCCUCACCUGCGGGUACGCUGCACCGCCUCCCCGGGUGUAGACGGCACCUGCGCCGCCUGGUUCGCCGGUCCCCGCCCCUCGUUCUCGGGAGCCAGGCCCGGGCGGCACACCUGAACGCUCGGGGCUGCGGGAGCCGAGGCUCGGGGGGCGAGCGUCUUCGCCACCGCCCGGGGAGAACGCAGGUGGAGCGGCGCGGCUUCGUGGAGUCCAGCGUCGGGUACUGCCGUCGCCCAGUUGCUGCCUGGUCCCGGGGACCGCGCCCGCACCCGGUGAGGAGCCGCCGCCAGCCGGCACCAUGAAUAGCAGCGGCGCCAACGUAGCCUAUGCCAGUCGCAAGCGGCGGAAGCCGGUGCAGAAAACCGUCAAGCCAGUGCCGGCUGAAGGAAUCAAGUCAAAUCCUUCCAAGCGGCAUAGAGAUCGGCUUAAUACAGAACUGGAUCGCUUGGCUAGCCUGCUGCCUUUUCCACAAGAUGUUAUUAAUAAGCUGGACAAACUUUCAGUUCUUAGGCUCAGUGUCAGUUACCUGAGAGCCAAGAGCUUCUUUGAUGUUGCAUUAAAAUGCUCUCCAGCUGACAGAAAUGGAGUCCAGGAUAACUGUAGAACAAAAUUCAGAGAAGGUCUGAAUUUACAAGAAGGAGAAUCCUUAUUACAGGCUCUGAAUGGGUUUGUGCUGGUUGUCACUACAGACGCUUUGGUCUUUUAUGCUUCUUCAACAAUACAAGAUUAUCUAGGGUUUCAGCAGUCUGAUGUCAUACAUCAGAGUGUGUAUGAACUUAUCCAUACUGAAGACCGAGCUGAAUUUCAGCGUCAGCUACAUUGGGCUUUAAACCCUUUGCAAGACUCUGGACAAAGAAUUGAUGAAGCUAAUGGCCUCCCACAGCCAGCAGUCUAUUAUAACACAGACCAGCUUCCUUCAGAAAACUCUUCUUUUAUGGAGAGGUGCUUCGUAUGCCGACUAAGGUGUCUGCUAGAUAAUUCAUCAGGUUUUCUGGCUAUGAAUUUCCAAGGGAGGCUAAAGUAUCUUCAUGGACAGAACAAGAAAGGGCAAGAUGGGUCAAUACUUCCACCUCAGUUGGCCUUGUUUGCAGUAGCUACUCCACUUCAAACACCAUCCAUCCUUGAAAUUCGAACCAAAAAUUUCAUCUUUAGAACCAAACACAAACUAGACUUCACACCUACUGGUUGUGAUGCCAAAGGAAAAAUUGUUUUAGGCUACACUGAAGCAGAACUGUGCAUGAGAGGAUCAGGGUAUCAAUUUAUUCAUGCUGCUGAUAUGCUUUAUUGUGCUGAGUAUCAUAUCCGGAUGAUUAAGACUGGGGAGAGUGGCAUGAUAGUGUUCAGGCUUCUUACCAAAGAUAAUCGAUGGGCCUGGGUCCAGUCUAAUGCACGCUUAGUUUACAAAAAUGGAAGACCAGAUUAUAUCAUUGCAACUCAAAGACCUCUAACAGAUGAAGAAGGAACAGAGCAUUUACGAAAGCGAACUGUGAAGUUGCCUUUUAUGUUUACCACUGGAGAAGCUGUGUUGUAUGAGAUAACCAGCCCUUCUCCUCCUGUAAUGGACCCAGUGAGAACCAAAAGUGGUGCUAGUGGGAGUGAUUCUGCUAUCAAAUCAACUCUAAAUAAGGACACACUCAAUUCCAGUUCCCUCCUAGCUGCCAUGAUGCAGCAAGAUGAGUCUGUCUAUCUCUGUCCUGCUUCAAGUAGCAGCACACCUUUUGAAAGAAAUUUUUUUAAUGAAUCUGUGAGUGACUGCACUGCAAUGGGAAGUGAUAAUAUCCUGAAACAUGAGCAAAUUGGUCAGUCUCAGGAAAUGAACCCAGCGCUCACAGGAGCUCAUACAGAGCUCUCUCCAGAUAAAAACAGUGACCUGUACAGAAUUAUGAAACACCUAGGCAUUGAUUUUGAAGAUAUCAGACACAUGCAACAGAAUGAGGAAUUUUUUAGAACUGACUUUUCUGGUGAGGAUGACUUUAGAGAUAUUGACAUAACAGAUGAAAUCCUGUCAUUUGUCCAAGAUUCUUUAAGUAAGUCUACUUUUGGGUGUUCAAGUUACCAACAGCAGGAGACCGUGGCUCUGACGUCCAGCUGCCUGGUGCAGGAACAGCAGCUCCUGCGCCAUCAGGAGCACACAGCAGGGGAGCAGCAGCAACUGUGUCAGAAAAUGAAGCAUAUGCAAGUUAACGGCAUGUUUGCCAAUUGGAACACUAACCAGUCUGUGCCUUUCAGUUGUCCUCAGCAAGACCCAGAACAGUAUAAUGUGUUUUCCAACUUACCUGGGACCAAUCAGGUGUUUCCCUACAAAGCUGAGAUUGAUACCCUGCCUUAUGCACAGAACUUUAUUCCCUAUAAUCAAUCUGUGUUACCACAACAUUCCAAGGAUACACAGUUAGACUUUCCCAUAGGGAAUUUUGAACCAGUCCCAUAUCCUACAACUUCGAAUUUAGAAGAUUUUGUCAGGUGUUUACAAGUUCCUGAAAACCACAACCACGGACUAAAUGCACAGUCAGCCACAGUAACUCCUCAGACAUGUUAUGCCGGGGCUGUGUCGAUGUACCAGUGCCAACCAGAAGUUCAGCACAGCCAUGUGGCCCAGAUGCAGUAUAGCCCAGCAGUGCCAGGCCCACAGGCAUUUUUAAGCAAGUUUCAGAAUGGAGGAGUUUUAAAUGAAACCUAUCGAGCUGAAUUAAAUAACAUAAGUAACACUCAGCCUGCCACACACCUUCAGCCCCUUCAUCAUCCAUCAGAAGCCACACCUUUUCCUGAUUUGACAUCCAGUGGAUUCCUGUAAUUCCAAUUCUAGUUUUCACCUUGGUGUUUGGAUUAGUUUGAUUGUAGCAUAACAAAACUGUCCGUGUCAGACAUCAGAGUAGACACGGAGGCAUUGUUGUUUGCACUUAAGAGUUAUUAAAGAGUAUGAAAAUUACAGAUACUACAGUCAUUAAAAUAGUGUGCAGCUGAGAGGAAUAAGGUACCCUCUACAUUUCACACUAUUCUGAGUGCCACAGAAUACACAAAACUUAUUCAGGGGAACUUCAGGACACUUUUAAAAAAGAAAUUUUCUCUAUUGAAAUGAUUUCUGUCAGAAUAACAUGAAAUGCUUUGAAUUGCUUAUAUCAGUACACCAAAUAUAAAAGGAUUUCCUUUUAUUUUUCUCUGGUGCUUUUAUAAAAAGAGUCUCAGUGCUUUCCUCCUCAUUGUUAAUGUAAGUGCCUCACAAUUUUUUCUACCUAUAACAAACACUGUAGGCUGUAUAUUUUAUAUGAAAUAGGCUUUUUUAAAUUAAUAUUAUUUGUAUUUCUUAAAUUCAGUCCUUUUUAUUCAUCCAGGCAUGUUUUAACUGCACUACUCACCUGCUUUCUUUAGGUAGAGGGCAAAUCAUGAUUGAUUGCACAUUAUUUAUGACAUGAUCUACUUGCCUCCAGACUUUAAAUGUGCUGUGUGCCUUAUGUUGAAAAUUUUGAAAGUAAAUGCUACUUACAUAAUAAUAAUUUGGAAGUAAGGACAGUAGUACUAAAAUUUUAAGUGUCUUCAGAAGAGAUUCUCCACCAUGGUAGUUGAAUGUUGCGAUGUGAAAAAUCUGCCCUUUACUACAAUCAUGUUUAUUAUUUCUAGCUCUUCAGUUAAAGCACCCAUUUCAGUGUGUAUAUAAAUUCUUUAAUGCUUCAACAUAUAGUAUGUUGACUUUAUAAAUUUCACUCUUAAUACAGUGGAGACUAUUUGUUUUUCUCAUAUUUGAGGAGUGUUAAAAUUGGUGCGAAGUCAUUAUGAAAGAACGGUGCAUUGUGUAAUGAACAAACUAUUUGUAAAACAUUUUCAAUCUUUCAUUUGAAAAUAGUCCAUACCUUAUACAUGCACAUAAAUAAUUUGUUGAGGCUGUAAAUAUUUUUUAUCACUGUGUCUUUUUAAGAAAUCAA